UCCAUUUGCACAUGGUAUGUUUGAUUUUUGAUUUUUGCUUUUUGUUUUCGGUAAUUCGUUGUUGAUUAUCUUUUCCUUUUUCCCCACAUAGGAUUAGUAUCAUUAUUGGUUGCUACAUUAUUCUUUAUGCAAUUAUAUGAUGAACCACCAAGAACAAUAUUGAUUGCUGCAAUUGAAACAUAUAUUUUUAUAAAUGGUAUAACAAUAGCAAGAAUUAUUGUAACUGCAUCUUGUUGGUUGUUUUUUAUAUCGGAAAUACGUUGUGUUUAUCUACAGGAUCGUUUAAUGCAAUUGAAUUUAUUGCUAAAAAAUUUACAUCAAUCUUGUCGUAGUUUAGUUAAUAAUAAUCAUAAUACAAAUACUUUGAAUAAUCAAAAAAACAUUCAUAUUUUAACACGUAAUAGUUUUGUUCGUGAUGGACAAAUAUUAACGAAUAAUCAAAAUCGUAUUGAAUAUGUAACAAGAAGAUUAAUGUAUUUUUUAAAUAAUCAUAAUUCAUUAUGUUGGUUAAUUAAUCGUAUGAAUGAACAUUGGAGUGAAUGUAAUAUGUUAUGUAUGAUGUUUAAUAUACCGAAUAAUGCAAUGAUGGUUAACCUGUUAUUAUUUCAAAAAUUUGAACCAAGAAGAUUUUUAGUAUUAUUUUUAUUCACCGUUAUUCAAUUUGCAAUGGCUACUAUUGCAAUUGGUAUUAUACCGGCAAUACAUUAUUAUGCAAUUGGUUGUAGACAGUAUUUAUUUUUUUGUUCAACUCGAUUUUCACAAUGUAUACGUAAUUCAAUUUUAUCGGCAAGAAUACAGAUGAAAACAUUAGUUUAUGUUGAACGUGUUACAUCGACUGAAAUGAAAAUUGGUAUUGAAAUUGCACCAAGACAACCGAUUAUUACUUAUGCAUCUUAUUGGGAGUUUUUCGGUCUCUAUAUUGGUUAUUUUGCUCGAAUAGUAAAAUUAUUUCGUCAAGUUUCUUGAAAAAUUUAUUUCAUUUAUUAUGAUUGAAAUAAUAGAUGUAUGAACAUUAAAUAGCUCAUAUAACUUAGAAAAAACUAGA